ACGAAGCCGUGACGCCGGAGCUUCCAAGCUGCGGUUUCUUCGUACUCUCACAGGAGCUCGGUCCUGGCGGCGUAACCGUACUGCGCCCUCCUCAAAUUCUGCUGCCAGAAUUCGAAUGAUGGAAGCACUUUUCUUUAUCCAAUUCUGACUUUUCAAAUCCUAAGUGUGUCUGCUUAUUGGAACAGCUUUCUUCGAGUUAAAAGAGUUUCAUGAGUUGCCCAUCUCAAGCUCUCUUUAAACCAACCCGGCAGAUUGUACAAGCCAUACAACUCCAUUCUUCCCGCGCUUUCUCCAAUGUGGUGGAAGGAAUUCCGCCAAGAGGCGUGCUCAGAUACAAUAACAUUAUGAAAUGGCACGCAAAGAAUGGGUCUUUUAAUGAGGUACUCUACGUGUUUGUUGAAAUGCGUCACUCAGGAAGCUGCUGGCCUGAUGCCUAUUCUUACCCAUUUGUUGUCAAGGCUUGUGGUGAGCUGUCGCUGCUUCGGUUCGGUAGAUUGGUUCAUGGCUUGACGGUGGUUUCUGGGUUUAAGUCUAAUUCAUUUGUGCAAAACUCGCUGAUGGCAAUGUAUAUGAACUGUGGGGAAAAGGCUGUUGCUAGGAAGGUGUUUGAUUUGUUUGAUGAGAAGGGUGUGGUUUCUUGGAAUACUCUGAUCAAUGGUUAUUUCAAGAACGGGUGUUCUGCCACUGCUUUGGUGAUUUUUGAUGAAAUGAUGCGUUGUCGGGUUGAGUUAGAUGGUGUCACUGUGGUUUCUAUACUGCCAGCUUGUGGGUAUUUGAAGGAGUUGGAGGUAGGAAAGCUGGUACAUUUGUUAGUGAAGGAGAAAGGGUUGGAUAGGAAAUUGGAAGUAUUGAAUGCUUUAGUGGAUAUGUAUUCAAAGUGUGGCAAAAUGGAAGAAGCCAGGAUGGUGUUUGACGAAAUGCUUGAGAGGGAUAUUGUAAGUUGGACAACCAUGAUUAAUGGGUAUGUCCUGAAUGGUGAGGCGAGAACUGCAUUGAACUUCUGCUCGGUCAUGCAAACUGAAGGAAUCAGGCCCAAUUUUGUGACGGUGGCCUUACUUCUCUCUUCUUGUGCAAGUUUGAAGGAUUUUAUGUAUGGCCGUUGCAUCCAUGGAUGGGCUUUAAGGAAGCAUAUCGACUUGAGAGUUGAAGUAGAAACGUCAUUGAUUGACAUGUAUGCGAAAUGCAGCCGGCUUAACCUUAGCUUUGAAGUCCUCCGCAGAAGUUUAAGAAAACAAACAGUUCCAUGGAAUGCUAUGCUCUCCGGUUGUGUUCAUAAUGGUCUUCCAGCUGACGCAAUAGGAGUGUUUAAAGAGAUGCUGACAGAAGGAGUGAAACCGAAUGGUGCAACAAUGAACUGCCUCUUACCUGCAUACGCUGGUCUGGCUGAUUUACAGCCCGCGAGAAAUGUUCAUUGUUUCAUUACGAGAUUGGGGUUUCUUUCUCGUGUUGAAGUUGCCACUUGUCUAAUAGAUAUAUAUUCCAAGUGCGGUAGCCUGGAAUCAGCUCACCAGAUCUUUAAUGCAUUGCCUAUGGUAGUCAAGGAUAUAUAUGUAUGGAGUGUAAUUAUAGCGGGUUAUGGGAUGCAUGGACAUGCAGAAACUGCAGUUUCACUCUUUAGGCAGAUGGUCGACUCAGGGGUCAAACCGAAUGAAGUUACAUUUACCUCUGUAUUGCAUGCUUGCAGCCAUGCGGGAUUGGUGGAUGAUGGCCUCUAUUUGUUCAACUUGAUGCAGGAAGAUACCCGGAGAAGUCCGAAUGUCGAUCACUAUACAUGUAUUAUUGAUCUGCUUGGUCGAGCAGGUCGAUUAGAAGAAGCCUAUGAUAUUAUUACAACGAUGCCAAGUGCACCUAGCCAUGCUGUUUGGGGUGCACUCCUUGGAGCUUGUGUGAUACAUCAGAAGGUUGAACUAGGGGAAUUGGCUGCACAAUCGUUAUUUCAUCUUGAGCCUGAGAAUACUGGAAAUUACAUAUUGCUGGCAAAACUUUAUGCUGCAGUAGGGCGGUGGAAAGAUGCAGAAGCAUUAAGAGAUGUGAUGAAUGAUAUAGGAUUGAGGAAAGAAGCUGCUUACAGUCUUACUGACAUGUGACAUCUGCAAUAUGUGAAAUGAUGCAGUAUUCCUUCAAAGGGUCAACCUCAAUUAGUAAGCAUGGCGACAAUGGUUAGUGCUAACUAAAUACUUGCAGACAUCUAGAUAUAUGUCUUCCUUCAGUUUCCAAUAAACUCAGUGUGACAUAGAUAAGGAGGAGUGCAUUCUAUCAUUGAAGUUUGAACUUAAAAACUGCAUAAAAGUCGAUAAAUAUGUUAUGUGACAGAUGUUUUUUAUGUCUUUCAAUGAUUGUGCAUGCUUCCACUAUGCCAUUUGUUGCACUUCAGUCUUUAGGAAUGGCACUUUAUAUGGCUGAAACAGUUCAGUUUGUUUUAGCCCCUAGAAGCAGAUAUUGAGUGCUCUUUUACGUAGAUGAUUCUUGCAUAUGGGAUGUAACAGUUCAAGGGUUGAAAAAGCCUUCUGACCAACUGAACCCUUACAUUAGGAGAUGUACAAGUCAAUUUAUGAGAUUAUGGACGCAGAGAUGAAUCUUUUGAUCAUGUCGAAAUCUCGAGAUUCCUUUUUCAUUCACAUUCAUAGAAUAUUUGUUCAAUCCAAGUCUGACUUUUGUAUCGACAAGGAUCCAAGCUCAGAAUCGGCUUCCUCUCGUUAAGUCUCGUUGUAAACUUUGUAUGAUAUCUUUAAUGUUUAUGUUUUAUUUGUAUUUUGGAUCGAACUGAACCAGAUGAUCUGCAAUGUUUUUAACAUAUUGUCAAAUUAUGUCUUUGUUAUACUAGUGCAUGCAAUCGUUUAGUUUCUGAAAAUAUUUAUGCAAUUGAAUCUUUCUGUAGUUGGGGGAUGAAAGAUGGAGAUGUCAAUCGGAGCGAGUAACAGAGACCAAUGGAAUACAAAAGUUUAGAAGAGAUGCUAACUUUUUAUCUCCAUCAUGCAACUGCCAAGUUCACAACUUGAUGCAGCUGAGGCAAAAGCUGCUAACUAUGUAAGAAGUAAACCUUAGCAUCCUCUAGUCUGAACAUCUUUCACUGUAAGUACGUUGGAUUUUAACAAAUUGCAUUGUUCGGA